UAAGUCACGUUUCACAUAGGUUUAAAAUGCGCAUAACAAAUGGCACAUUGCAUAAUUUAAGGCAAUUCUAAAAUUGAAGGUUGUCACCAUGUUGUGGAUAGUUGUAUCAAUAUUAUGUGCAGCUCUCACAUAUUAUUACAUUGUAAAACCACACAAAUACUGGACCAGUGUUGGUGUGAAACAAGGAAAUCCUAAGUUUUUCUUCGGAGACAGUUGGAAGAAUAUGACCAGAAAACAAAGCUUUGCUGAAAUGGUUUUAGAUGUAUACAACAUGAUUCCAAACACCAGAUACACUGGAAUUUAUCAAUUUUUGGUGCCAAGUCUUGUGAUAAAGGAUCCCAAUCUUCUCAAACAAAUUACUGUUAAAGAUUUUGAACACUUUACUGAUCACAGACAAUUACUUCCAGCAGAGAAUGAUCCUUUAUGGGGCAACAAUCUAUUUGCUUUGACAGGUCAAAAAUGGAGGGACAUGCGUGCAACUCUAAGUCCCUCUUUUACAAGUAACAAAAUGAAGGCCAUGUUUACUUUAAUAUCCGAGUGUUCAGAAAAUUUUGUUAAAUAUUUUAAGGAGCAGAAUAAAGAUAUAAUUACAAUCGAAAUGAAGGAUACUUUUACAAGGUUCACUAACGAUGUAAUUGCUACAUCUGCGUUCGGUAUUAAAGUCGACUCAUUAAGAGACAAAAACAACCAAUUUUAUGUCAUGGGAAAGGAUAUGACAUCAUUCUCUGGCUUUUGGAAAACUGUGAAGUUUCUGGGGUUCCUCAUCAUACCAAGUAUAUACAAUUUUUUUAAGGUGAAAAUGUUCCCCAAAGCAGUUUCCACAUUUUUCAAAGGCUUGAUUGUUGAAACCAUCAAAACCAGAGAAGAGAAAAGCAUUGUCCGUCCUGACAUGAUUAAUUUGCUAAUGGAGGCCAGAAAAGGUUUACAGAAGAACGAGGAAAAUGUUAUCGACACUGGUUUUGCAACGGUCAACGAGUCAGACAUAAUCAAACCCAAAUCUAAUUUAAGGGAACUAACGGAUGAUGACAUCGCAGCCCAAGCACUGAUUUUCUUCUUCGCUGGUUUCGAUACAGUUUCUUCUUUGAUGUGCUUUAUGACGUACGAAUUAGGUGUAAACCAAGACAUUCAAGAUAGACUUAGGGAAGAGGUUGAAGAAACUUCUAAUAACUGUGGAGGAAAACUCACCUAUGAUGGGCUUAUGAAAAUGAAAUACAUGGAUAUGGUUAUAUCUGAGACAUUAAGGAAGUGGCCUAGUGCAGCUGCUGUGGAUAGAGUUUGCACAAAACCUUACACAAUUAAGCCCGAAACUCCCGAAGAAAAUCCAGUACAUUUAACAAUUGGAAGCGUACUUUUCAUACCUAUUAUGGGAAUCCAUAGAGAUCCGAAUAAUUAUCCCGAACCAGAGAAGUUCGAUCCGGAGAGAUUUAAUGAAGAAAACAAAAACAGCAUCAAACCCUACACCUAUUUACCUUUUGGACUGGGCCCCAGAAAUUGUAUUGGGUCAAGAUUUGCUAUUAUGGAAGUAAAGACUGUUUUCUUUUACAUUCUGACACAUUUCAAAAUUGUUCCAGUGGAGAAAACAGUCAUUCCGUUGAAAAUUUGCAAGAAGACGUUCAAUUUGCAUUCAGAAAACGGCUUUUGGUUUGGAUUGCAAAGAUUAUAAAUUACAAUUGAUGGUAAUAAAAUACUGACGAAAUACAUUAAUUUUAAAAUGU